AUGGAUGAUCUGCUAAAAGUUCCCGAGAUUGUAACCAAUAUUGCCUCAUAUUUAUCUACUGUAGAUUAUCUGAGUUUUCAACAAGUGAAUAAACGGGUUUAUGCAAUCAUUAACGGCAAAAAUGAUUCAAAGUAUUGGUCAUUGAAAUUGACUAGAAUGGGUCUCCAACAGGUGCAUUCAAAUGAAGAAGAAGAAAUUACGUUGCUGGAUGAAAAUGAUAAUCAAAAUUCCCUUCGCAUCUUCGAAAUAUACAAAUCUUUCACUGCUCAAAAUUCUAAAAAAAUCUUUGUGAAAUUUUACCGUUGUUAUAACUCAUACGCUAGGAAGCUAUAUAAUAAUAAUCUAGCAAAUUUCUUUCCUACUUCAUAUUCCAACGAUCCGUUGAAACAAACAAGAAUUCUAAAUUUUAUCAAAAAGUACAAUUUCUCGAAUAAAAAUGAUAUAGAAACAUUUACUAGGAUUGAAACUAAUUUCAACAUUCUUAGGGAAAUCUUCAUUAAUUCUGUUCUCAAAGAGUCAGAAUUGAAUUACCAGUCUAAUAAUUUAGCUGCCGUCGCUCGUUUCAUGAAAAUUUUAUUGAUAUCUAAUGAGGAAAGCAAUGCUAUCGAAUUUUUCAAGUCAAAGGCUGAUUUGCCUCCCAGUUUAACGGUUUUGCCGUCUAAUGAUGAAUUAUUUUGGGCCGAACAACCAAGGGAAGAGGACAGCGGUGGGAGUACCGUGAUAUUUAAUUCUAAAAAUUUAGAUACGUUUCUCAAUCAGCUAAGGGAUUUCCUCAACGAAAAGAUUAAAUUAGCGGACAUUUUAUUCAAAGAUGAGUUCCCUGUAAUAUUACAGUUCAUCGAGUCCUUUAUCCAAGAUAUUUUAUUAGAUAUUUUAAACAAUAUCUUAUUAAGCUAUAGUGAAUUUUUAAAAGAAAAUGGAAAGGAUAGUAAAGCCAAUUAUGAAUGCGUACCCGAACUUUAUUUCACAUUUAUAAAAAAGUUUGAUACUGAAUUAAACGACUCAGUAAACGCAGGCGCAAAUUUCCGUAAAGUUGUUCGUGACCUUUUAAACCUGUAUCUCGAGCCCUUUGUUGUCAACUAUAUGAAUCAGACAACUAGAGUAUUUGAAUCAUUGAUCAACUCACAAUUAGCUAAUUAUGACACACAAGUUCAAGACAAGCAGCGUGAGCAAAACGCAAAAAUUUAUAACACUUUAAAAGAUCAAACGGAUGCUUCGAGUGCAAGUAACAAUGAAUUGCCGAAUGACCUCUCAAUAAUUACUGAAACCUCCAAAACUGUCCCAGAAGCGGAUUCAAAACCAAGUACGAUCCAUCAAUCAGUUCAUUCAACUGAUAUUUCUAAUGAUAAACUAGACUUUCUAAGUUCCUUCACCAAGAUUUUCAAGUUCUCGAACAAUGAAAAUCAAAGGCUAAAGCAACAACUACAACUAGCCUACAACUUAAAUUUAAUUUCCAAUAACUUGCAAAACAUUAAAUCGUUAAUAAGUCUCGAUUUAUGUUACAAAAUUUUACAGGAAACAAGCGAAAAGACGGAUCAAAUUUACAAAUUUCAUACGAUUGAAAGUUUGCUACCAUUGAUCAAGCUACGCUGUCAAGAGAUUUUCAAAAUUUUAAUUACACAAUUGAAUAAAAAUCACGUUAAACCUGCAUUUGAAAAGGCAAUCCUGCUACUACAAAAAUAUAAUCCUAACGAAAUAGAACAAAUAGAAAUAAAAUUCAAUUCACUUUCGCCAGCCAAUACUCAAGUCGAACCUUUAGUACAAUUCACUGAACUUAUCAAUAUAGGUGACAUAAUAUUACAAAUGAUUUCCAUUUUUUACAAGAACGAAUUGAUUCCCAAAAAAAUUAUCGAUAAAAAUAAAGAUUUUCUUAAUGAUGUUAUCCAAUUAAAAAAAAAUUUUGAGACUUCUAUCGAUGAUUUUGUAGCCGAAGGUUUAAAUAUCGGUAUAAACAAACUAAUGGAUGAAAUCUCAUUUGUAUUCAAGACUCUUCAAUUGCCUGACGAUUAUAAUCCACCGCCACCCUCUAGGAAUUCUCCAAUAAGGGAUAUAAAGCCAACCAAAUGUGCUAUCAGGGUAGUCGAGUUACUUUCUAAUCAUUGCUUUCUACUGACUGGUGCCACAGACAAGGGUACUAUUGACGUGUACCAACAAGAAAUUGGCGAGAGAUUCUUUAAUGAAAUCGUCAAACAUCUGAAGAAGUGCUUCAUAUCUACGGAGGGCGCAAUUUGGUUAAUCUGCGAUUUAAAUUACUUUUACGAUUUUAUUGCUAACAAAUUAAAACAAAAAAAUGUUGUUCCCUAUUUUGUUGGGCUUAAGUCUAUUGGCCAGUUAUACAUCAUUUCAGGCAAGGACUCGAAAGAGUUGGGAAAGCUUAUUUCUGAUCUUGGGAAAUUCAAUGGCAUUUUUACGCAAGAGGAAAUUUAUGAAUUUGUUCAGAGGAGAAGCGAUUGGGUUCGUGUACGGAAAGACGUUGAAAAGGUAAUGUACGGCCUAGGCAUACGAGAUUGCUGCAUUAUGUAA